CGCGAGGAGGAGGCGCGUGCGCGCUGAAGCAUGCACGCGCAGGCGGGAGGUGACAGCCCGGGAGCGCGCGGUGUCGGUUGGCCGGAGUACGUUGCCAGGAGGAGGUGGAGGAGAAAGACUGGGAGAGAAAGGAGGAAAGUGGCCGGGCACCGACAGGAAGAACCGGAGAGUAAGCCGGGCCUGUGACCGUGGGUCCCGGCAGACAAAGCGAAGCUCUCUGAGGCGAGCGGGAUCGUGCGGGCUGCGGAGCCGGGAGGGCCUCUUGUGUUCUCAGGCUCGAUCAGAUGACUGCUCUGCCAGAGAUUUAUUUUCUAUGAUGUCAGGUUCGCUAUGUGAUGUCACCUGACGACUCACCGCGUUGGUGAGGCAUUCCUGCCAUGAGCUGGCUGAAAUUCCACGUAGAUGUCAAUGCCAUCCGUUAAGUGCCACUGUCACUUCCAUACAAGUACAUCCAUAUGGUGAAUUUUCUACGUUUGUGGAUUGUUCGAUAAUUUUUUUUUUCCUUUAAACUUGACCAGUGAGAAUCAUUGACUCCAUGAAAAAUGACAGAGGAGGUCAUUGUUAUUGCCAAAUGGGAUUAUAUGGCACAGCAGGACCAAGAACUUGAUAUUAAGAAAAAUGAGCGCUUGUGGUUGCUGGACGACUCUAAAACAUGGUGGCGUGUUAGAAAUGCCUCUAACAAGACAGGAUACGUACCGUCAAACUAUGUGGAGAGGAAAAACAGCUUAAAGAAAGGAUCUCUGGUUAAGAAUUUGAAAGACACCUUAGGGCUUGGGAAGACUAAGAGGAAGACUAGCACUCGAGAUGCAUCACCUACUCCAAGCACUGAAGCGGAAUAUUCAUCAAAUGGUACCAAUGCAGAUAGGAUCUAUGACUUAAACGUUCCAGCAUAUGUAAAGUUUGCAUAUACUGCAGAGAGAGAUGACGAACUGUCCCUUGUGAAGGGUUCGCGAGUGAUUGUUAUGGAAAAGUGUAGCGAUGGCUGGUGGCGUGGAACACACAAUGGACAGGUUGGGUGGUUCCCAUCAAAUUAUGUAGUUGAAGAAGUUGAUGAAGCGACAGCAGAUUCCCCUAGUUUUCUAAGCUUAAGAAAAGGAGCAUCUCUAAGCAAUGGCCAGAACACUAAAAUUCUCCAUGUUGUUCAGACACUCUACCCAUUUAGUUCGGUAACAGAAGAAGAACUGAACUUUGAGAAAGGAGAAAUCAUGGAAGUCAUUGAAAAGCCUGAGAAUGACCCUGAAUGGUGGAAAUGUAAAAAUUCUAGUGGACAGAUUGGUCUUGUUCCCAAAAACUAUGUUGUCAUUUUAAAUGAUGGUCCUUCCAUAAAUAGUUCUCAUGUUCACCAAAUAAGCUAUAUAGGUCCUGCGUGCACAGGGCGCUUUGUUGGGAAACAGUGGUACUAUGGAGGGGUUACAAGACAUCAAGCUGAAUGUGCCCUGAAUGAAAGAGGAAUGGAGGGAGACUUUGUUAUCCGAGACAGUGAGUCUUCACCCAGUGAUUUUUCCAUAUCACUAAAGGCAUCAGGAAAAAACAAACACUUCAAAGUGCAGCUGGUGGACAGUGUGUAUUGUAUUGGACAGAGGAGGUUUAAGAGCAUGGAUGAACUGGUGGAACAUUACAAAAAAGCACCCAUCUUCACUAGUGAACAUGGAGAAAAGUUAUACUUGGUACGAGCACUACAAUGACAUUGGACUGAUCUGCGGCCUCAAUCUUCAAGCCUUAGUUCCGAAAAAUGACUUCCAUGGAACAGAGCCAUCAUCACACAGGAAGCAGUCUUAACAAUACGGGCUCCUCUGAUACCACAAACACUUUGACAGAGUACUUUUAUUUUUUUUUAUUUGUGUGUUUGUUUUGUCUUCUUUUGUUUUGUAAGUCAUCUUGCCCUCAGGUUAAAGACCUCACGUAAGUGACCAUUGUAAGCACUCACUGUCAUGCCUUGGUUGAAAGUCUCCUAUUCUGCACAUGUUUACAGUUCAUAGCUAGGUAUGGCUAGCAAGAGGAAUAGGGGGCAACUUGAAACAGUGUUAAGAUACGCUCAUUUUUUUUUAUCAUAUAAAAACAAAAAAUCUUUAUUGAAAGACAUUAGGCACAAUGAAAUGCACUGAAGCUGCAGCAAAUAGUAAUAAUAAUGUAGACUUGCUGUAUCGGUUGUGGCUGUGAAACAUGUAGCCUUGUUGCUUACCAGGUAGUUUAUUGAAACAGCUCCUAGGCUCUAGAAACACUCUUUACACUGUACAGUGCUCUGCCACUACAAUACAAUACCUCCUCACCUCUCUGCAGAGUACACAAAGUAUUGUGGCAGUGUCUCUCAGAAUACCCUGGUAACCAUGAUUGUAGUAAAUAGUGUAUUUGAUAUGUAAUUACUGCAAAAUAAUAGAAAGUCCGUAAGCAAAUUAUUUAAUUCAAGAUUCUACAUGAAAAUAACCAAAUGUGCCAUCCUCAUUUUUUCUAUGCCCCAUCCCCUGCCUGUUAUAAAUAUACAAAUAAGUAUUUAAUUAUGAAAGUAAAAUGUAUGUGUAGCUGUCAAUGCUAAUACAGACAAAUAAAAUUUUGU